GGCUGCCGCUGGUAGGUCUGGAAAAUGCCCAACGCAGAGACAGGCCAUGAAGGCCCAGAGGUACCAUAUGCUCCCAGUGAAGUCAUGGAGAUGCCGCAGAUCAGCAAGAAAGAUCUGGAUGCUCCUCACACCAACAGUGAUGACCAGGAAGAAGCUAACAUGCCCAACAGAGAACAAGAGAUGCCUAACAAAGCCUUGGAGAUGCCUCCAACAGCCAAAGAAGGUAUGAAUGUUCCUCACAUUAACAACAAAGAUUCGGACAUGUCUCAGCCGCCAUAUGAAGGUGCAUUGCCCUAUCUACCUGCUCAAGUUAUGAAUCCGGAGAGUUCAGAGGCCCAGAUGGACUUAAGCCUUCAGAAUCAGACGACGGCCUCCCCAUCGGGACAUUCCGAGGUCUGGAAGAAGGGAGGCCGUCUGCUGUCGGCACUUAUGGCCAUUAACAUUGCUCUGUUUGGCAGUGUGCUUGUGAGCAGCGGGUCCCUGGAACACGUGGUUGUGCAGGAUAAGGAGGUGCUGGCGUUCCUUGUUGUGCUGAUGCUGCUUUCUGUUUUCUGGAUGAUUUUCCAGUUCUACUUCUCCUGCCAAAAAAACGCUGUUCUGUACAAGGAUUCCCACGCGGGGCCAGUGUGGCUCAGAGGGGGCCUGGUGUUCUUCGGUAUCUGCAGUCUGGUGAUGGAUGUGUUUAAGAUUGGCUAUUACAUCAGUUACAUUGAUUGUGAGUCUCCAAUCAAACUCAUUCACCCCAUGGUACAGAGUGCGUUCAUCAUCAUGCAGACGUAUUUCCUAUGGGUCUCCAGCAAACACUGCGUGCAGAUCCACACAAAUAUCUCCAGGUAUGGCCUGAUGCUCAUACUCAUCACCAACCUCAGCAUCUGGAUGGCGGCCGUAACAGAUGAGUCUGUCCACCAAACCAGAGACCUCGAGGACGACCAUAAAAUUGUCCACAGCAGCCCAGCUGGGUCCCAUGAUCACAAAGAAGUCGGAGGAGCGCACGAACACACCUGCCAGUGCAGCAACCACCUGUGCCACAUCUUCCAGACGGGGUACUACUACCUCUACCCAUUCAACAUUGAGUACAGCCUGUUCGCCUCGGCUAUGACAUACGUCAUGUGGAAGAACGUCGGCCGUGAAAUGGACGACCAAGUGGCCCAUCACAGUCGCCUCAGUCUUUGCUUCUAUUUUAAGAACAUGUUUGCUGGGUUCCUAAUUGGCGGGGCCGUCUUGCUGUGCGGCGUUGUGGUCCUUGUCAUCUACAAGGUCAAGAUCAACUUGCCGGAUAAGCUGUACAGGGCGCACAUCCUCUUCUAUUCAUUUAAUAUAUUGGCUCUGGCGCUCAUGUCGUUGGGUUCCCUGGCUGGAUCCAUUAUAUACCGGUUUGACAAGAGACACAUGGACGCUCAUAAGAAUCCCACUCGGACUCUGGAUGUUACCUUGCUCCUAGGAGCAGCCUUGGGUCAGUACUGCAUCUCUUACUAUUCCAUUGUCGCUAUGGUGGCCACUUCUCCUGGGGAACUGAUCAAUGCCCUAAAUUUGGUCUACUCCAUACUCAUGAUCGUGCAACUUACUCUUCAGAAUACCUUCAUCAUAGAAGGCCUUCACCGAGAACCCUUCCAAGAUGCUGCCCCACAGCCAGAGAAGGGGCUUAUUUUUGCCAAUGAGGCCGUGGCUCCUUCCCUGGCUCAUAAUGAAACCCCAGGAUUCUCAGCACCAGCUCCUGAAUUCCCGGCCAAGCCCAAACAGAGUAUAACCGAACCCCCGUGGAAUCUGAAGCGCAGGAUGGUUCAGGAGAUCUCGCUCUUUCUGCUGCUUUGUAACAUCAUUCUUUGGCUAAUGCCAGCGUUUGGUGCCCGCCCUCAGCUGAAGAAUAACCUGGAACGGAACUUCUACGGACUGUAUGUGUGGACUAUAAUCACCAACAUCUGCCUGCCCUUUGGCAUCUUCUACCGUAUGCACGCGGCUGCCAGCCUCCUGGAAGUGUUCCGAAUGUCGUAGGCUGGACAGUCGUCUGCCGUUGGGUUGCAGGGGGCGGAGCCAAGGAGGAGGCGGAGGAAGGAAAGCUGAAGGAUAACCUCAGGGAUCAUCCUGGAUUCUGUGCCUUACCAAGCGUCUAUGGGGAGGGUUUUUAUCAUGUGUCCCCCCUGGGAUGUCAGCUGAGCCACUGUCUUGGACCCUCAAUUCAGAUAAUCAAUGAAAGAAUAAAACCACUUUAUUAGGAUAAGAACAUUGGGCAGAAAAUCAAUGAGCCCCAGAUACCCCCAGAGUCGUACCUAGAACUCCCGGGGCACCUAAUCCACACAGACUGUAUGUAAGAUGGGAUCUGCCCAGUUUAGUUUCCCUUUAUCCAAGUGGUACCUCUUCUCUACUAAUGGGCCUUAUGGGGUAGAGACCCUUCUGCCCAUCUAUAAAGCAUAUUAAUGGUAAAGGCCUGAUAUUUCUGAGAGUUCCGUUACUGGUCAGAUCCAGCCCCAUGAUAUGGAUUAAGGAGACAUUUUCUACAUGUUGCGUAGGUUCUUGUGUAGGUUCCAUUUUGUAUUCAUGCGAGAGAUGUAGCUGUUUGUGUACAAAUGUAUGGAAAGGAGAUUUUGCUAUAUUCAGUAAUUAAACUAAUAUUAUAUUGUC